AUGAAACCGGCCGCAACUUGUCGAGCCGAAGAUGAGGGUCUCGUUACUGUGCUUGGAAAGGCGACCGCAGUUGCAACACCGAAUACAAGAAGCCAGACCUACCGACGACGCACUGCGAUUGCCACUUCUAAAACUGCGAGCCGUCAUCGCUCGCGCUGCAACAGGUCCGAAUGCCCAAUGGGAGAUGCAGCGGUUUUGAUGGCACAGAUGGAAAUGAUGUUCAAGAAGUUGGCUGUUACGCUGCUGCCGUAUACUCCUCCAGACUCAGACCCGCCAAACUCUUCGGGAGUUUACUGUCCUACUCCUACAACCCCUACACCAGCCGUGACGGCACGAAAGUUCCUCCAGCCAAGAGGCCAUGUGCGACACUCGUCUACCGAGUCAUUUCCAGCGCUUAAACUUCCUGCAGAGAUCCGACUCCUGGUCUACAGAAGUUUCCUCACGAUCCCGCCCGAGAAAGCAUGGGGGCAGUGCGACAAAAAGCACCAAGUCAAAAGAGUAACCAUCACUUUGGCAAGAAAGAAUCUCAGACGUGUAUGCCAUCAGAUCGCCAGGGAAUGGGACCCGCUCUUUCUCUCCACCACCACCAUGACUAUACGAAAUCUGCUUGCUGGCUGGGACCCUCUCUCAGGAUCUAAUAUGCUGAAUAAGACGCCAUUGACAGCGUUUGGAGAAAUCUGCCGCAGGGGCACUGAAAUGGUAUAUAACAUUCCCCAUACUCGUCGCCCUGGAUCGGCCUUGUUCCAAAUGGUCUUCCUCGAAAGACAGUCACUCUACAAACUGAACAAAAAUCCGAAGGCUUCGAUACGUUAUUAG